CUUGAAUCAGGAUUUGAGAGAUAUGGAGACUCUAUCACCUGAAGGACUUCGAUUGGACGGCCGCCGCUGGAACGAACUCCGCUGCUUCACAUCCCGUAUAUCCCUCCUCCCAGAUGCCGACGGAUCCUCCUACAUUGAACACGGCAAUACAAAGAUCCUCUGCGCAGUCCGCGGCCCCCGGGAACCGCUUCAACGGGGUACUGCACACCCGGAGAAAACAAUCAUCACCGUCGACCUUUCUGUCCCCGCCUUCUCUACCACUGACAGAAAAAAGCGGUCAAGAACAGACAAGCGGUUACAAGAGUGGUCGACGUUGAUUGAAGAUGUGUUUUCAGAUGCAGUGUUGGUGAGUUUGACACCGAGAAGUGAGAUUAGUGUCAGUUUGCAGGUGUUGAGUCAGGAUGGGGGCAUGCUUGCGGAUUGUGUGAAUGCGGUCACAUUAGCGAUUGUGGAUGCGGGGAUCCCGAUAAGCAAUUAUAUCUGUGCCUGCACGGCCGGAUUGUAUGACAAUGAGCCAUUAUUAGAUCUGAAUAACAUGGAGGAGAACGACAUGGCGUACUGCACAGUUGCAACACAAGGAGCGACAGAAGAUGUUGCGUUACUACAGAUGGAGACGAGACUACACCUGGACAAGUUUGAGAGUAUGUUGAGUGUUGCUAUUGCUGGAUGUGGGCAAAUCAAGGAGAUGAUGGACGAGACUGUGAGGAAAACCAGCAAGGCAUACCUGGAUAGGUUGGAGGAGCAGAAGCAGUGAAUGCCCAGUUGAUGAUGUUGGGAGUUAUAGGAGGCGAAUUACAUAUCCGGGCCCUCGCUUGAAGAAUCGAUAUAAGAGGAAAAUAGCUCAGGAUAGAACUUGAGAAUCCCAACGAGCUCAAACAAAGCCCACAGUUUGUUACGAGGACUAGUUGAAUACGAUGAUAUACCCUAGG